AUGCGGCUAAGCAAUACCGUGCUGGUGCAAGUGCUGUCUUCUUGUCUGAGCACGGGUCUGUUCUUAUGGCUCUGCCUCAGCCUCGGCUACGACUACGUGCCCUACGCACGCAUGCCCUCGACUAAGGCCGUCGAAAACCAAGAAGUCGUCGAAAACCAAGAAGCCGUCCACAACCAACAGCAGCCUAUUAUCAACACAACGCCCGAACACAACCCCAACACAACGCCCGAGCACAUCCCCAACACAGCCCACUACGUCUAUAUCCUCGCCAACGUGUCAGCCGACUUCUCCUUUGCCUUCUCUGAGGUGCUCUCUAUCUACGCCGCCUCGCGUUACUGGCAGCCCGACGUCAUCUACCUGCACACUAACGCACCGGCCGAGGCCCUUGAGCGCGCGCGAAGCGGCGCCGCCGGCAAGUGGACGUGGCUGUUAUUCCAGGUGCCGCGCCUGCAUAUCGUCGCCGUCACAGUCCCGACUCACGCGGCCAACGGCAAGGAAAUUAGCCUGAUAGAGCAUAAGUCAGACUUUGUGCGCGUGCAGGCCUUACGCGACUAUGGUGGCGUUUACCUUGACUUUGACGUGCAUCCGCUGCGUGAUAUCCGUGUCCUCCGCGAGAGCGGCUUCCACGCCGUCGCCGGACGCCAGCAGGGCGAGAAUGGCGAGGUCAACUCAGGCGUCUUCAUGAACAAGCCGCACAGUAGCAUGAUUGAGCUGUGGAGCGAGGGUAUGCACAGCGCCUUCACCGGCGAUUGGUCUACCCAUAGCAACGGCGCCCUGACCGUCGUCUGCGAGCGCCUCGUCGCCUCGCCUCCUGACGUGCUCAUUAUGGAGCGUAACGCCUUUGCCCCCGGCAGCUGGAUGCGCGACGACACGAUCCGCCUGCUUGAGGUCCACGACGACGAGACGUCCAGCCUUGAUAUGUUGACGCCCGACGGCCACCUGCCCGAGUUUAACGAGGAGCGCACCCGAUGGUCCGCCCCUGAGAAGAAGCCGGAGUGGGCGGACGACUGGUCCAGGACGUAUAUGCUACACGCCUUUAACCACAACCAGGGCGACUUUGAGAUUCCCGGCUUUAGCCAUAUCACGCCUCGCUACAUCCUCGAGCGCCGCAGCAACAUGGCCCGCGCUGUGUAUCCGGUGGCCAGGGACCUAUUCGAGCAGGGCCUGAUAAAUAUUGACGAUCCUUAUAAAUUCUAG